AUGGACGCGCUCUGUUUACGGUCUUACGGUGAGGGUGCAGGGAGUGAUGAGCAAGACAGUACUCUUCAACGAGGCGUUGUGGUUGGUAUGCUGUUGAUGGUGCCUGUCGGCGCAUCGUUUUUUUUUUUUUGCUUGAUACAAGGUGCGUUGCCAAAAAUGUACGGGGAGAAGACAGCGGAAAUUGCCUGUAAUUUUAUGAAGCUUGGGCCCCUGUUUAUCGUUUCAUCGGUGACUUUCAGGGCAUGUUCCAAAUUUGCCUUUAAUCAGCUUAAACCUCAAUUGCCCAUGAAUGACUGCUGCUGUGGUCGGUUGUAUUGUGACACCUUUGGUUCAGUGCCUUUUGGCCCAGCGAGGUGCUCGUGGUGCCGUGCUGGGGGAUGGCCAUCGUGGCUGGGGCACAGCGCGCAGUACCGAUUGCUCUGA